AUGUACACACAUUUUACAAACAAUGCUUCAUCUUCUAGCGACAUUGAAGAAACACCAGAAUGGCACUCGAGUUUCGAAGCAUUCAAACAAGGGAGAGGAGACAUACUUGAAGCCACGGUGGCGCGACUACGUGACAGUGCCACAACUCAACAUGGCCAGCAUCCCGCCACGGGCGGGAUGGAGAGCCUAUUUGCUAUCGGCGAUGAGCUGCUCAAGCUGCAGUCCAUUAUUAGGGAAAGGGAUCACGCCCAACGUGCCAAUACGAGACGGAUCGCUCUUCUAGAGGACAAAUUAUCGCUUUUGCAGCUGCGUUGUGACCAGGCUGAAGCAUUGAACGCGCAAUUACAGGAAGAACGUGAGGAUGUCGUAUCGCAGCUACGACAUCCUUCAGAUGAAAUGGAGCAUGAGUCUCGCGCGACUUCAGAAUUUGGAGAGGACCAUUAUUCGUCUUCUGACUUGAUUGAUCACCGUACGGAUUUAGAAAUAUGCUACAAAUUGAGGGAAAUGUCAAAGUGGCGUAUAGAUGCCGUUCGUGGGAAUCAUAAACGGCUAAUGCGAUGGCCAGUUAUUGAGGACCGCCCAAAGACCAGACCAUCUCUGAACAUCGCAGGUGACCUGAAGCCCUGGCUGGAAGCUGAAGACCUGACGAGUCUCUGCUGUCCGGGUGACGUCCUUGCUUUCCCAGAACGUUUCAGCUUCAAUGGUGCUCAGCAUGCUAUUCUCGUCGAGCCUCUAUAUGAGUAUAAUCCCCUCGCAAAGAAGGAGCGACUCUGGUCCCGUAGGAUACCAAUCUUUCGCACAUGGUUAGGUCGGACCCGUGAAGUCUUUUAUAGGAAUGGAAUGACCUCUGGUGCCUGGGUAUACUCUGGAACGUACAGGUGCAUGGAGCUUACCGAUCUUGAUCCUCGCCACUGCCGCACGCUGUCGAAGAAUGUUCAACACGCUCUCGCAAGAUUAGCCACCCCUCCAGAAUUCGAAACUUCUACUAGAUUUAUGACUUGCAUCACUGACCUCUACGAAAACGGCUUGGCUGGCGUCUGCGCUAUGGGUUUGCAGUGUGUGGGCUACAAUCAAGCCCUACACGAUGCGCUUCUGAGCAAGGGUGCUACACUUCAUGAAGGGAACUUGAUCGUCAAUGACGCCGACGACGACUCUGGUACAGAAGCAGAUGAAGAUGGGCGCCCUCAAUCAGGGCAGAAGAGGGCUAGAAAUCGCAAGAAGCAUCACCGCCGGUAA